ACGGAAGUUUGGUUGAUGACGUAUGAUAUAUUUCCGGGUUUGAUAUCUGCGUGGAUGGGAUGAUGGCAACGCAAAGCAACCAAAAGGCUGAGCUGAUGGAAUUUGCUUAUUAAUUCAACGGUAUUGGUAAGGAAUUUAAAUAAAUAAGAUUUUCAACAUAAAAAAAUGGCUGCGUUUAAAUCCAGUGAAGUUGAAGAGCGAAAGUAUGCCUUUGUCAACAAUCAAACACGCGUCGAGUCUGUGUCGCAGUCUCGAGAAAUAAUAAAACCUUCAGUCACGGAGUUGUCUAAAGAAGUGCGAACUAACAUCCUCUGCACAGUGGAAGGAUGCGGGAAGAUUCUUCCAAACACUCCAGCUCUAAACAUGCAUCUUGUCAAGUCGCACAGAGUCAAGGAUGGCAUUGUAAACCCCACUGUGAGAAAAGAUAUGAAGGGCUCACAUAAGCUCUACUGUUGUCCUAUUGAUGGUUGUCCUAGGGGCCCAAGCCGACCAUUUUCACAAUUCUCUUUAGUGAAACAACAUUUCAUGAAGAUGCAUGCAGAGAAGAAACACAAGUGCUGCAAGUGUAACAAUGGCUAUAGCACAGAAUGGGACUUAAAGAGACACAUAGAAGAUUGUGGAAAGACCUACCAGUGUACGUGUGGCUGCCCUUAUGCCAGCAGGGCUGCACUUCUCUCUCAUGUUUACAGAACAGGACAUGAGAUUCCUACAGAACACAGAAUUCCUCCAGUUAAGAAAAGAAAAAUGGAGAAAGAACUGAAUGCUUAUGAGAAGGUUAAGGAUACUACUCCACACAUUAUUCCUACCGUUGGUGAACCAACCGAGGGUUCUCAUUGUCAUGAGACCAGUCAUUCAUUUGAUGCCAUUAAUAGAAGAUCACAUUCUCAAAAGACUUUUCAGAAGUUACUUUUGCCUAAACCAAAAAUGGCUUUUGUCAGUGUUCCUGUCAUGCAACUAGCACACCUGCCAGUUCUCCUCCCAUCUUCAGAAAGUGGAGCUUUAAGACCUCUUGUAUUUGCGAUUGAUAACCAAGGGUCAGUUGGUACGUUUCAUCUGGUACCUCAAGGGACAGGACAAAGGAAGGAUGUCAUGACCUCUCUGAAUUCUAACCAGGACCCCAUAAGCAUCGGUGUACAGGUGAAUUUAGAUCGUCUAGUGAUGGAGGACUGUACUGCACGAGGAAGAAGCAUGUCCACUAAUAUACAGACUGACCAGUCAUACUUGUCCAAAGUGCCUGCCCCAAUGACUGAAACAAUGACUGUAUAUUCUGUUGCUGAGUCUUCUGUGUCGUCCUGCUCUCAAACCGACAUCAGUGUCAGUGCUCAGGUGCUCUUGCCUGUCAGCGUGGAAACUCAGACGUCGUUAAGAGCCAAGUCUACUGCAUCUAUUGGAGCACAAACCGAAAAUCAGUCCUUGUGCCAGAUUUCAUGUGACUCUUCUGUUGUGCCCCCAUACAAGAACAGGCGGACACAGACUUACUCUGUCGCAGCCCAGUCAGAGAUCAAAACUCAGAAUACAGCUACAAUGUGUUCUGACCCAUUCAAUGACCAUAGCCUCAGUGUUUCUACUCAGACAACAGUUGUAGGUCUGGACACAUUUAAUCCUGGGGGUAGCAGUAUAUAUGGGGACAUGAAGUCUGCAAGUUCAAUGUGUUUUGCUGUGCAGACAGAUGACCUUAACCCAAACAACAUGGCAGACAACCAGACCCAAACAAUGUCUUUGCUGAAUGACUUGGAGAAUAUUUUGUCCGACAGCAUGUCUGGCCACCAGGUACUUACAGAGACUGCAGCGGGGUGUGGGGCUGGCCUCACCUCUGUUCAGGAGCAACAUAAUGGCAUAGACUUUGACUUUGAGGAUUUUCUCAGUGCUGUACAUAUCCAGACACAAACAGAGGAGAGCGAGUUUGGGGGGAUGAGUAAUGACACACACCUGGAGUCUUUAGACAUUCAGACUCAAACUGACUUCCUUCUUAUGGAUGAACUGGACCAAACUGGAGGACCAAAUCGAAACCAAGCCCAUGAUCUUGAAUUAUUUGAUACCCAAACCCAGACAGAUCUUAAUUUUUUGCUUAAUGCAGGGAGUCAUGUGCCACUUGGCAGCAUAUUACGACAUUCAAGUUUCUCUAUGAGCACUGAAUCUUCAGAUACUGAAACUCAAACUGAUGUUCCAACUUUUCCUUUUUCAGCUCAAACGGCUCUUUCUGUUAAUCAAGGAGACAGUGCUAGAUUACUGAGUAGCACAGAGACUCAGACUGUGACCAGCCAGGCAGAGGGCCUCGGCCAGCUCUUUCUCAUCAGUAAUGAAACACAAACUGUCAUGGAUGACUUCCUGUCAGCGGACCUGGCAUGGAAUAUGGAGUCUCAUUUCAGCUCAGUAGAAACACAGACAUGUGAGCAGCUCAGUGCUCUCUUUCCACGGCCACAGAAGCCCAAUAGCUGAAGAUGACCAAGCUAGAGCGAUACAGGUCUCAGAUCUCCUCUUCAUUGGAGGAAUUGGCUUAAACUGCUUACAGCAAUUGACAGUCUCAAGUGAGAAGUGGGUAAAAAUGUUUAAGGCAUUCCACUGGGCGACCCUUCCCUGGAGUUGUUCUUUGACUGGCACUUUAUAGCGUGUGGGACAUGAUGACCUUUUGAGAGUUUACAGAUUUGUUUGCACAUAAACCAAUGUUUUGUUUUAACAAGGAUUACCUUAUUGCAUUUCAUUGACUGACACCUGACUGUCACACUGAUGUUUGAAAGCAGUUUUACUUCAUUUUGAGACAAAAUAAUGAGAUCUUUCAUGUCACUAAUGUGAAAAAUGAUAGAAUGUCAAUGUAUUGAUGUUGUUUUAAGGGCCCUGCAUGGAUACUGUGUGCUUUUUACUGUUUCAGCCCUUUUUCUUAUAGUUUACAAAUGUAAUUUGAAAAGCAUGAACUAGACUUAAAAAUACCAGAGCUGUUUCUGCUACCCGUAGUUGCCUCUUGAAUGCUGCAUUGUUAAAAGCAGCAAGACUUCACAUUAUGUGAAGAAUAGAAGCUUAGCAUUAAUUGUGCUAUGGCACAGUUAAAAUUGUCUAGUCCUGUUAUUGUACUGACUAAAUGGAAAUGUAUUUUUGAUGUGAAAAGGUGUCUUAACGUACGUAUGUCUGUCUCUGUAGCCAAAUCCUUAACAUUUGGCCUGUAGGCAUUACUGAUGUGAUGAUGCAAUGGCAAUUUAGUAAUGUUACUGCUUGGCACAAUUUUCAUAGUAAUUGAAGCCUAGAUUUGUGAAAUUGUUUAAAUUAGUUGCUUUUGUAACUGUUUUUUGUGUGUGUGCAUGUGACUUGAUCUCUGCACUACUUUACCUCAUAAAGCACACACCCACCUUACAAACUGUUUCUCUAGGAGGACCUAUAGGCCUUGAUUAUGCGUUGAUUUAAGUCAGUGCCUUUCCUUUCAUGCCACUGCUGAAAUGUGAAGAAUGAAGAACCACACAUUGCAAAUAUAUGGUUGCAUAGAUGUUCGCAUUAUUUCAGUUCUGCAUGCUUUAAGAAACAUAAUUACUGGUUUCACUGAAUACAUCAUCAUCAACAAUUACACGUAAAAGAAAUGUGCAAAGCACAAGGUUGAAGAGGGAAAACUAAACCUUUUACCCCAAAUUCAUCCCAUGUUAUUGUUACAUUAAAGGGAAAAACAAAACUAGCACUUUGUAUGUGUUUUAUUUAAUGUUCCUAAAGUGCAUGCUUAAAACUGACCAGCACAAUUAAUGUGCCGAAUAUGAUUUCAGUUAUCUGUAUAAACUGAAUUCCUUAGACUAUUUGUGAAGUACUACAGAUGUCACAAAUAAAAUGCUGGC